AUGGGGCGGUCACGGCCCGAGCGCCGGUUUUGGGGGCAGCCGGGCCGCGAGGGCCCCGGGGGAGUGGGGCAGCCCGGGGCUGCAGGGCUGAAUCUCGCUCGGGGUCUGGGAGCGGAGCUGCGUCCGUUGCCCCCUUUGCAGGCUGGUCGACUCAACGAGGAGGCAGCCAGACAUCAGCCCCUGCCCGAGGUCUCGGUUUCCCGCAGAGACGCCCCCGAUGGCUCCGCCACCCUCUCCUGCCGCGCCAGGGGCUUUGACCCACGGCCCGUCCACGUCUCCUGGGUGCGGGACGGGAAGGAGACCCCGGCGCCCCCCAUCGGUGAUGCGUCCCAGCUCCAGACAUCCGUGGGGAUCCCGCAGCAGGCCGGGGCCGGGCACAGCUACUCCUGCCGCGUGCAGCACUGCGGCCUGCAGGAGGCGCUGGCGACUCCGGCGCCCGGGGAGAUGGGGGGCCUGGCCCCCGGGAUCCUGGCUGCCCUCGGCCUCGCUGCACUGACUGGGGCCGGCGCCGCGCUGGCUGGAGUCGUGGUGUGGAGGAGAAAGCGCUCGGACUCUGGCAGAAGCAGCUUCGCCCCGACUGCCGGACACCACAGCCUGUCCGUGCUAGUCACAAUCAUCACACACGAAGAAGACAGGACCCAUCACUACUUCAUGAUCACCCGGCUGGAUGACGUUCAGGUCCUGUACUACAGCAGUGACACGCGAAAGGUCAGACCCACCCAGCCGUGGGCAGAACAGGCCCUGGGCGCUGAGUUUUUCCAGAAAAAGACCCAGGAGUUCUUGGGGUAUGAUGAGGAUUCUAAAGGAGGUAUCAGGAGGUGGAUGCAGCUGCACAACCAGACGGGCGGGGUUCACACUGUACAGGCUCACGUGGGCUGUGCGCUGAGUGGCCAGACCCCCGUGGACCCGAGGUUCCAGUACGCCUACGACGGGGGGGACUUAAUGAGAUUUGAUGCCCAGACGGGGACGUGGGUUGCGGCCGUGCAGCCGGCUGUCCCCGUGAAGCAGAGCUGGGAGACGGGCAAGACCUGGACUCAGUAUGUUCAGUGGCUCUUGCAGUCCGAGUGCCUGGAGAUCCUGCGGCGCCUGGUGCAGCAGGGGAGAGCGGUGCUGGAGCGGCAGGCACCCCCCACGGUCUCAGUUUCCCGCAGAGACGACCCAGACGGCUCUGUCACCCUCUCCUGCCGCGCCAGGGGCUUUUACCCGCGUCCCAUCCACGUCUCCUGGGUGCGGGAUGGAGAAGACAUCCUGGCGGAGAAGUACUCCAGCGGGAUUCUGCCCAACGACAUUCACUCAUACUACACGCAGUCGUCCCUGGAGAUCUCCCCGCAGCAGGAGGACGGGCACCGCUACGCCUGUCGAGUGGAGCACAGCAGCCUGGGGGAGCCAGUGCUCGUCUGGGCCCCUGGGAAGAAGGGCCCCCUGCCCCCCGGGGUCCUGGCCGCCAUCGUCCUGGCCGUGCUGGUUCUGGCUGGAGCCGUAGGGGCCGGCGUCAUCCUGUGGAGGAGAAAAUCAGGCCCCUACGCUCUGGCAGCCAAUUUUGCAGGUCUGGCUAAAGACACCGAUAUCGUCAAUAUAUGCCAGAGCAAAGUCCUCCAUCCCUCUGAGCAACUGAUCCCCCAGGCGCUGACAGGUGACCGGCACCUCCUUGAGGCCGAAAGGAGAACCAGGAACCCAAAGAGCUCUAUAGGGAUGAUGAAGGCAGAUUCCAACCUGGCAUCUGGGUCCAAGGGCACCAGCCAGUAG